UAGCAAACCCAAGCAUCGUCAGGAUUCAGGAAAAACACGUCAAGGUCAUAGGACGCCCAUCCCCGUUGAUCAUAAAUUCAUAACAAUAUAAAUUCAUGACUGCAGCUUACGAGUUAGGACUUUUAUAGUACUUUAUUCCUUUACGGCUACACUGCGAUUUGCCACUCACAACAAAACAAAUCACAGCAGUCUGUCUUUGGCCAUCGACAUUCGACAUUUGUAAUAAAAUUGAAGUUUUUACUUUUUGUUUACGUCGUGUAGUAUUUUCCAAAAUACACAACAUGAACUUCGGCGGUCAGAACGACAAUGCAUCACCAAACAAAGAUGAGGCAUUGCACGGACGUCAUGAUGCUCAUAAACAUCAUGACACAAUGGGAGAAAUUGUACAAGCUCAAGGACAAGGACUUCCUGAUAGUGUGAAAAACAAUCAUGUUGAUUCGGUCAAUAAUCAAGUGAAAGAAGUAAAUCCACAUUCUGAAAGCUUGGGUACUUAUCAAAUUGACAAGUAUGGAAACUGUGUGGAACGAGAUCUUAAAUAUCAUCACAGCUCUACAUAAUCUACACAAUCUAUCAACAUUUAAUGUUAGUAUUCAAUAGAUUCAAAAUACAUAAAUAAAAUUAAAUGCACUAUAUAAGGGCUUUUUAAUUUUUGGGCUCACUUUUUUUUAUUUAUUCAAGAAUUUUUUUAUUAUUUUUUUUUUCUCACUACAAAAUAUAAUGUUUAAUAUUACCUAUAACAAAUAUUCUUACUGAUUUUCAUAUUUUAACAAACAGUAUUUUUUUUUUAUGUACAUCAUAGUUAACAUUAAGUAUUUAUCUUUAACUUUUGGUAAUAAAAAUUUACUAUUAUAA